GCCUGGGCUGUCGGCCGGCCUGGGAGGAGGAAGGAGUCUGCAGCGUGCGGUGUGAGGGGCGGGACCCGGCUGCCUGCGGAGGGCCUAGCUGGGGGAGGCCGGGCCAUGCUGGUGGGCCAGGGCGCGGGGCCGCGGGGGCCCGCGGUGGUCGCCGCCGCGGUGGUGCUGCUGCUGAGCGGCGUGAUGCCGUCGCACGGCCCGGAGGACAUCGUGGUGGGCUGCGGUGGCUUCGUCAAGUCGGACGUGGAGAUCAACUACUCGCUCAUCGAGAUAAAGCUGUACACCAAGCAUGGGACUUUGAAAUACCAGACAGACUGUGCCCCUAAUAAUGGUUACUUUAUGAUCCCUUUGUAUGAUAAGGGGGAUUUCAUUCUGAAGAUUGAGCCUCCCCUAGGGUGGAGUUUUGGUAAGUUAACUGAAUCACUAGACAUUCUUUGUAAAAGAUUAGAUGAUAUGCCAAAUACUAAUUUAGGCUAGCAGAAUGCAUAAACUAUUAAAAUAUUAAGGAUCAUUUCCAGUAUGGAAGAGGGUUUGUAUUCCUCCCCUCCCUGCCCCCAUCACUCUGGUUUAGUUCCGAUUUACCUUAAUCUACCUUAAGACUUCUGUUACCUUUGAAAAAUAGACAUCUUUUCUUCUACCUUUCUGUAAAC